AAGCCACCUGUGUUGUGAACUCAAUUUCUAUUUUCCUCUCUCCAUUUUCUUCUUCCCUUAAUUUUUCUCUUUCUAAAUAUGUACACAGUUUUCUUCUACACUUUUAUUGGCAUCACAAAAUUAAUUUAGCCCUUUAACUUGCUGUUCUUGAUUCUGUCUUAUUAUUAGGCUUGUUGGGUUUUUUUUGGCUAUGGGUGCAGAAGUUGAGGAGUUAAUUAAAAAUGAGAAAUAUGGAGUUGUAUCCAAUAGACAGAAGGAGAGUUUUUUCUCUAAAUUCACCCAAAUCUCUGCCUUGUUGGUUGGUUUUGUUGGUUCAAUAAGUAUUUCUUGUCAUGUCUUCUUAUAAGUAAAAAAGAAAAAUAAUUAGCCACUUUUUUCAGCUCUCUUCUCAGUCACUUUCUUACAAUUUUCUUACUGGUUGAUCCAAAAAAAUAAAAUAUUGAACUUUCAAGAAACUGCAAUCAUCAUGAAGAGAGUUCGUAGCAAAGAUUCUUUGGGUGCACCAUUGAUGUCCAUGUCAAAAUACUACAGAUGACCAAAACAAUUGGAACAGCCAAGUUUAUUCAAGGGACUUUCAGUACUCCAUGUUAGAAGGCUUAGAUGAUGAAGCCACCUGUGUGGAAGAAUCCGGUGUAGGAUCGGAGAAAAAACGACGGUUAAGGGUGGACCAAGUGAAGGCAUUAGAGAAGAAUUUUGAAGUUGAUAACAAACUUGAACCUGAGAGGAAAGUGAAAUUGGCUCAAGAACUCGGGUUGCAACCGCGACAAGUGGCGAUUUGGUUCCAAAACCGCCGUGCAAGGUGGAAGACUAAGCAAUUGGAGAGAGAUUACAAUGUUCUCAAAGCCAAUUUUGAUUCUCUCAAACAAAACUAUGAGUCUCUCCAACAUGACAAUGAAGCUCUCUUGAAAGAGAUUAAUGACCUGAAAUCAAAGCCACAUGGAGGAAACAAUGAAACCAAAGUUGCUGUGAAAGAAGAGGCUACAGAUACUGAAACUGAUGACAAAGAUAUUGAACAGAGCAACAACCCAAACAACACUUCUAAUACAGAGCUCAAAUUUGAGAGUUGCUUUAAUGGUGGAAAUGGAACUAUAAAUGCCUCCAUUUUUACUGAUUUCAAAGAUGGAUCAUCAGAUAGUGAUUCAAGUGCAAUCUUGAAUGAAGAUAACAGUCCAAAUGGAGCUUUCUUGAUUAAUAAUUCCAAUGGAAGAUCAUCAUCACCAGAUUCUAAUUCUUCAUUGAAUUGCUUCCAAUUCUUGGAUCCAAAUCAAAAAUCAAUUCUUGGUGAUGCCCACAAGGUUAAUUAUAAUCCAUCAUAUUUUGUGAAGAUGGAGGAGCAUAAUUUUUUCAGUGGUGAAGAAUCUUGCAGUACUUUGUUCGCAGAUGAACAAGCUCCUACACUUCAUUGGUACUCUCCAGAGGACUGGAAUUGGAAAGAUACCUAAUUUUGUAUAGAGGGGUAAGACUGUAAAAUUUAUCUGGUUUUUAUCGAUGGAGCAACGGGCAGAAUCCUUUACAGAUGACUUAAAUAUGCGAAGAGUAUCAGUAUCUAAGUGACCUUGCUACCACGAUGAUGCGAGAAGUAUUGUUAAUGACAAAGUGAUUUUGCCGUCACGCUCAUUGAGAUUUAGCUCUAUGUUACGUUGCUCUCGUCAAAACAAGAACCC